AUUUUGGAUGCCUGAAGUCAAAUUCUCAGUUCCUUCUUUAAAGCUUCCAUGGAGUCUUUCAGCAAAGGCACAGGGUGACCUGACAGUGGAAAACUCAACAACAGAAAGUCCAUAUACCACCAGAAAAGAAUUUAUUGUGUCAGUUAAGGCCUCAACCGCUUACAUUUACCAUACAACUACAACACAGCCUCAGGACAUUUUGAUCACUUCAGCUCAAAUAGUCACUUCACUGCCACAAAGAGACAUCAAACGACCCAAAGAUGAGCUCCUCAGGAAACAGCCUCAAACAGACAGACCUAAACCCUUGCCUGAUCUUGAUCCAAACUAUGACCUUGAGUUUUGGCCUCCCAAUAAAGCCAGCCAUACAGAGAAACACCCACUGACAGCACCCCCUACUAGAUCUACUCAAGAAACACCAAGAACAACAAGAUCAUACAAGGAGACCACAACUGUUACAGUUCAAAACUCUGAGACCAAGAUGACUGAAAAAGUCACAAUUACAAGCACUGCUUUGCAGUCUAAGCCUUCAUCCACACCGGUGUCAAUGACCACUCUGCCAAGACUAAUGCCUUCAAUAGAAAAAACAACUGUUUUUACAUCACCAAGGGAGGACACCACACAACUGCAAAAUGUCAUCAGUACUGUUUUCAUGGGGUCCACAGAGAAAGCCCUAGCGAAAACACCAGUCACAGCAGCUGGGACGACUGUUGGAGAUUUUUAUGGAAUUCAACAGACCACACAAGCUCCAAGCAAAGCAGGGGGUAGAAGGAUGGAGAUUCCAAAUUUAUUGCAUACUCCAUUAACCACAGCCUCAUCAGUAGAAGGUUUAACAGAGGAAGAGGAGCAUACAAAUACAAAUGUAUACAUUGAUCUGACUGCAAAAGGAAAAGACAGAGAGGAGUACACAACUAUCACCAUAACUACAUUACAGUCAACAGGCAUGCCUACAACAGAGGACUGGCCAGAUAUGACUCAAGAAUCUCCUCUGCCAGACUGCAAUGCAGAAUAUUCUGAAGUCUGCAACUCCAGUGGGUUAUGGGAUCCUGCUUACCCAAGAGAGAACAAGAGUCAAGACUGGGAACGAGCAGCAGCUGCAGUGUUCCUUGCUGCCAUCUUUUCUCUAGCCUGUGGUGGACUCCAGCUAUUUGCCAUGCUGCAUGCAGUGGGGCUCGCAGGGAGACCUGAGGUCUUUCAGCCCUGGCCAUGGUGGGCUUUCCAGCUAAGUUGCAGAGUGUGUGAGGCUAUUGUUUGCCUUACACUGGCUUUGGUGGUGUCCCAACCGAUUUACUGCUCUGAUCACCUGCCACUACCCAGUAGCUGUUGGAUGGAACUCUUAGCUACCAAAUCACCUAUCAUUCCUGGAAGCUACCAAUGGACUCUGAACCAGCAGGAGAAAUUGGCUAUCUGUGACCCAGUUGGCCAUGGUGAAACAGAAUGUCUGCCCCUGUACACACUGGUGGAUGACCGUAUGGGCAGCCUGAAUGGACUGGACCUCUUGUAUCACAGUAAUCGAGCCCUUGCAUACCGGGAUCUGGACCUGCAUCUGCCUGAAAUUCUGCCAAACACCAGUGCUCUAUCAGUGGGAUCCUCCUGCCCCAGUGACUCCACAGCAGACCUGCAGCCCCCAUCACCAAUCAACUUAAGUAGAAGCAUUGAUGAGGCACUUUUCAGUGAAUCACUGUUUCCAGUAAGCCUUUUCAGUCCAAUAAGGCCCUUGACGUCUAGUGAGCACUCCCUGGAUGGCAAAGACAAGGCUUUAGGCAGUGCACAAACUCUGAAAGACACUCACCCAUCAGAUCCUGGCUUGUAUCGGACAUCUUCUUGUGUUGAGAUGCCACCCCAAGCCUCUCUCACUGCUCUAGAUCAGAAAAAUGCAACUUUUUCUCCGUGUCCCUCAAUGACAUCCUCCUGUUGCUCAUCUCCAGAACACUGGAGAGGCAGUUCCAGCUCUUGCUCCCUCUACAGGCCAUCCGUAGCAGGUUCAUCUCUACUGCUGUGCUCUAGCCCGGAGGAACACAACCCACUACCUUCUACAACAAGUGCAAUCUCUGUGAGCACUGAUGCAACUGGGGCCGAUAGUGUCAACCAGCAAAGACAUUCCAGGACUCAGAGCACUCAGGAAAGUCUGGAGCUGCCGCCUGUACUUGAUCAGUCAGUGCAGGAAGAGUUUCUGAGUGUGUGCAGACAGAUAGAUACUGUCAGUAUUUGUAGUGAGACUAUUGACCUGUAAUAAAAGCCUUUUUGGUCAGCAAUGAAUGAAUAACAAAAUAUAUUAGGUUUGAGUGAGCACUUGGAUGUUUUUAAAAACUGUCCAGUAAAAUGUGCCAAA